UUAAGAAUUUGACAGUUGGCGUUGAAACAGUAAACGAAGUAACUUCUUUACUUGGGUGAUUAAUUUUCUCAAAAAACGUACACUUUCCGUAAAUAUUACAAUAGUAAAGUUAUUACAGCAAUUAUAAUUAUUAUAACAUGAGAACUUCUAUCAACAUUUCAUUAUAAACAAAUUUUGAGGUUAACUCCUACGUCAUGGAUAGAAACAAGCCUGGCCAGAGUCAAGGCACCAGGGGCCCGAAAGCCAAAAUCACGCAACAACCCCCAGAUUUAUUCAUAGCUUUAGGAGCAAAACAGUCGUCACCAAGAGAUGAUCCCAAACGAACAGUGCCUCUACCUAAAACUACAGGUAGUUCACAUUUGCCAUCAACUUCAAGCAAAGUGCCUGACAAGUUAAAAAGGGAGGGAAGUUCGUCAAGCUUGUCAGCCGUUCCGCCGUCAAAGAAAAUGAAAGUCACAUUACCUGGAGCCCGUCCUGGUAUGCCAGGUCCAUCCAGCAGCAGCAUGAUGCCAAUCGAAAGAAUGGGAGUUGAACCCUGGGAAGCACUAGCUACUGAUUGUGAAUCAGCGGAGCUGUUUGAAAAUAUAAUGACCGCAGUUAACGCUGGGAAUACAGACAAAGCCAUUGGGUACAUUUUGGGGAUUAUUCGAUCAUUGAAGGGACAAAGAACAAAGAUUUGUAAAGUUGUUUACUUGAGUCUUUUAUUGACCUGCAGUUGUAAACCUUCAUUAUUUACAAAUGAAAAUAUUAUUGCGGCGAUAAUGAGCGUUCUCCGACGCGACGUUACUUCUGGUUUUAAAGGAGUUAAUAAGAGUAAUGCAUAUUUUCAUAUUUUGUUCAUGAAUUUAUUAACACACGCUUUUUCGGAUGUGGGGCAUUGGCCAGAAGCAUUUGUAAAGAUUUAUGUGGAAGAUGCUGUUGCAGACAGAGUUUUUAUUGAUAAUCCAUACUGUAAACCUUUUGUUGAUAAUAUUGUAACAGCGUUUAACACAAAGUUGCCUCCAUCGUCUCUUUUAAAGUCAGAAACGUGGAAUUCUGGUGCACGAGAUACUUCAAGUCCACUUACUAUUACCAGUGCUGAUGAUGAUAGUAAAAUUGAAACUUUUAUAGAACAUAAGGCCGCUGUAGAAAACUGGAACGUCAAAGUUUACCCCCGAUUUACACAGUCACAAGAAAAUGUGGAAAAAAUUGUGCUCGAAGCCAUCAAGGAACAACUAGCUCGUCGCCAACAACCAGAAACCAUUACCAAAAAUUUUGUUAGAUUCUUGAGCAUCGCUUGUGGUCUUGUAGAAAUUCGAAUAAUCGCGGUAUCCAGAAUAGAAAGUUGGCUACACAAUCAUAAAUUAAUGAAACCAGCUCAAGAACUCUUAGCUUACCUAUGCUAUAAUUGUUCAGCAAAUUCUCAAAGAGAUUUAGAAAUAAUAGCACAGUUGAGUAAACUAAGACUGAAAAAUAAACCAAUGGUCAACUUCUUUAAUAAUUGUUUACGGGAAAUGGUGUACUCUUUUCCCGAAAAUCUGUAUCCUCUUCUUAAAUACACUAUUUAUAAUGAACUAUCUAAUGCACGAAACACCAACAACUUGAUUGUGGUGGGGGCUUUGUUUCAAGUAGUACCAGAAUCUAGUGCUGAUGCGUUUGCAGACAUAUGUUUGGAAUUGCUACUAAACAAAGACGACUACUUGCGUUCGCUUCGUGCUUUACUGAAAGAAAUAAACAGAGUCCUUCGGCAUGACUUUAACCUUCUGAGUAUUGUUCAUUCACUUCUUCGCGAACGCAAAGAAUUUGCCAACAGCGUCCGAGAGUCAGAAUUUCGAGAGCGUAUCUUCAUCUCAUUAGCUGAUCUUGUUUGUAUGUGCAUGCUUCUGUGUGUGAGUCCCCAAGUCCGAGACGCUUCCACUCAAAAUAAGCGAGACGUAUCAGUUUUGAAAAUUUUCCAGAAGCAGGUCAGUAAUAUCCAAAGAGAAGCAGUAACCUGGUUGAAUGAUACAGCUCUGCGAGUAUUUAGACCAAGCGUGAAUGAUUUCCAUCACGUCCUUUUGAAAGUGCUGUUUUUGGAACAAGCUGAACAGUAUUAUAAAGUAGAUUCGUGGCCAGGCGAAAACGAACGAAAUUUGUUUUUAAGACUAACUAGUGAAGUCCCGUUACUUCAGGCGACGUUAUUGAGAAUUCUUUUGAUUGGGAAUUCUAAAGAACAUCCUAUUAGUCCUACUGAAGCUAUAGAAAUCAGCGAUCAGUUGAUAAGACGGGCAGCGAAUUUGCCGCAAGAUUGUGCUCCGCCUUUGGUAGUUGACAACAUCGAAAUUAUUGGGAUCUACUUCAAUCUGUGCAGUUACAAUUAUCCAGAAAAUAUAACUCUACCAGCUGGAUAUGUCCCUCCAAGUUUGGCAAUUUCGGGGUUAUACUGGAAAGUGUGGUUGAUAUUGUUGAUUUUGGCUGCCCAUAAUCCUGUCACUUUUGGAAAUGAAGUUUGGAAUAAAUAUCCCAUGCUGAGAAUGUUUAUGGAAAUGUGUAUAACAAAUCAUUUCUCCUUUCCUCCACCAACAAUGGCCACCCUCGAUGAAGACUAUCAAUCACGUGAACAACAAAUUCUCGCGCUUGAGAAGCAAAAAAUCCUCGAGUUUGAAACACACCUGGCUGCCGCUAGUACGAAAAUGGAAAUAACCGAACAAAGCAGCCUCCUCUUGCCCCAAUUAAUGGAACUAAGACCUGAAGGUGAAGCUCGACGACCUCCUCAAGCCGUUCUUGAUCAGCUUCAACACCUCAACAACAGUCAUCGUAUGGGACACCUCCUUUGUCGUUCACGCAACCCAGAUUUUCUACUCGACAUCAUGUCGCGACAAGGUGGUACGGCUCAUAUGCCAUGGUUAGCUGAAUUAGUACAUAACUCAGAAGGCGCUUUGGCGCAUUUACCCGUUCAGUGCUUAUGCGAAUAUCUCUUAUCUACUGCGCCCACAGAGAAGUUAACCAAACACGGUCAGCUUUUGGCCCAUCUAAGAACUGUUGUUAAUGAAAACGACCCCCAAACAGCUUGUGAGGUUUUAGAGUAUUUGUUCAGACGCUUGACGUCUGAUCAUGGUGCAAGCAGGACGCAAGCGACGAAAGGAUUGAAUUUGAUCUUGGGUCCGAACGAGGAGACUGAAACUAAUCAUACAAAUUGGUUGACGAAUUAUAUUAGUCAUUUUCCUCAUUUCACCAUGAUCAAACCUGUUUUGAUUCAGUUUUUGCGACAGGCAUUGCAGAUCGAAACUAAUCCGUCGAGAGUUUCAAGUUACAUCAAUUUCUUAGCUACACAAGAUUGUAAUGAUUCGUUUACGGAGCUUCACGAAUUAAUUGCCGACUUGUCAUCGGUUAUCAUCGAACGUCAUAGUGUUGCUUCUUAUGUUCUUCCCGGAUCCGAUAAUCAGACCCUGAAGAAUCUUUUAACUAUAUUUGCAACGCACAUUCAGAAGGCGCAAGAGUACUCAGAAGACAUUUAUAGUUCGUUGCAAAAUUAUAGUGAAUAUGUGCUGGUAACAUGGGUAACUGGAGAACAAUGCCAUAUGCAAACUCUAGUAAUACAUGCGGCAAUUGUUCUCUUGACAUAUGGUCCUUUAGACAACUUCGAACCUUUCAACACAUUACUAAAUUUUUGGUUUCCGGAAAAUACCGAGCAUCCGCGAGCUUACACUCCGGACACCAACGAAAGGACGUCGUAUUUGCCCGAUUGGAUGAAAUUGAGGAUGAUUCGGUCUAACGUACCGCGUUUGGUUGAUGCAGCUAUAGAAAAAUUAGAGCCUCCGAAGUUAGUGUUAUUUAUACAGUCCUUUGGAAUUCCUACAAGUUCGAUCAGCAAAUUACUGAAUACUUUGGAUAAAGCGACUCUUCUUGAUCCAAAAUUAGUAGUGGACUCGGUGCUAGACAAGACGUACAUGAUCCAGCUGGUUGAGGUGCAAAAUAAAAGAGGGGCUGUUGGGGGUGAAACUUUUGUGAAAGCCAUUGAAAUGCAAAUGCCGGUUGUCCAAGAUGUUGAUGUCAAGGUAGUAGUUGAUACGAAGAAGGCUGUACCUAGUCUGGUGAAACAAAAUCAACAAAGUGUGUCCAAUUCGGGGGAUAUUAUCAACUUGUUGAAUAAUAUUUUUAGUCCGAAUUAUAGUGGCGAUAAAAACAAAGACAUCUUGACUUUGACAAAGAUGUCAUUGGAGAAGUCAACUCUCGAUAUUGUGUUCAGUUACUUAAAAUCUCUUCCAAUGAAUUUCAUAACGCCAAUAUUAUUGAAAUAUAAUUCGAUAUCUACACUUUUUCGAUUACUGUUUACCAUCAACAGAACCGAUAAUGAUCUAGUUGUUAUGGCGACUGGUUUCAUAAGCCAGCUGUCAGAUGUUCGUAAUUCUAAUUUCGCUGUAUUAAAACAAUUUCUAAAACAAAGCCAAAACGUCGAGGUAAAAAAGGAAGAAAAAAAAUCGUGUGUGGACCUUGAUAUACCAGGAAAUAUUGAUAACAUAGGAGAAAAAUUAACUACUAUGUUAUCAGAAACGAAAUCUCAGGAAGAGAAAACCGGUUUAUUGGUUGACUGGUUGUCAACAAUAGAGUUAGAAAUUGCUUCACCACAAAAACAGAAGUUACAGAAAGAUUUAUUAUUUUCCAAAGAACACCUUUCUUUUCGACCCCUAUUAAUGUCUUUAGUUCUUCAAAGAGCAAGCUGGCAGAGCCUCUACGGUAUCAUGAAUUAUCUUUUACAAGAAGAUACCCCCAACAUCUGUGCAGUAUCUGCUCUAGAUUUUCUCUGUGCGUUAACGCAGAGUCCCAAAUUAUGGCAAGGACGAGACAAAGCAAUCCCUAAGCACUAUCAUCCUGAAGAUGUCUUCGAAUUAGGAAAAGACAAGGCCCUCAUCUUGGUAAAGUACAUCUUAGAAGAAAGCAAACAAAAUACAAACAACUGGCAGAAGAAAAUGGAAUCGCGCUUGGUACUACUUUUGAAGUGCAUUAAAACCUGCGCGUCUGCAAUACUAGAAACACUUUUAAAAAAUUCAGAUACUGAUCUACACUCUCGUGAACUUCUUCUGAUGAUUUAUAUGUCACUGCCGGCUUCUGGGCAAGAUUUAGUUAGCACUAAAGACGACAUUUCUAAACAAGCCUUUUCGAAGAAUUGUCCGAGUUCAGCUGAUGAAAUUUCACACUGUUUGUUAAGUGCUCUAGCUGCGACUCCUCGCAGCAAAGACUGGCCACGUAAAAGUCAAGAUUUGGAACUAUGCGCUAGAAAAUUGGCGGCUACUCACCCUAUUUUGGUUCUAAGGCAACUUCCGAUGUUAGCUGGAAGUUUGAAAGGGAGGGCUCAAUACGAUUUUGGAGUUUUGAAAAACAGGGGUCAUUUACUGCUUUUUGGACAAAUCUUGGGACUUUUGGAACUGCUGCAACCUAUCGUUUUUGAGCAAAGUCACACGUUGUGCGAUAUUUUAGAUUCAUACUUCUUGCUGCUACAGUAUCAUGGACAUAUAAAAGAUCUGACCGUUUUAUUACAACGAAUUAUAACUUUUAUCCAAAACUGGAUGACAAACGAUAUUAAAGCAGCAUCACGGUACUUACAAGAGCAUGGGUCAGUACUAGUUGACAUUCAGAUGGUACAACCUGGAAUUCGUCCCCUACUGUCCAAUGUUACUCUGCCAGUAGGCGAUUCCAGUACCCCUCCAGAACUACUCGUACGUACAGCCAUGGCUCCCAUAAUGGAUCCAUUACCCCCUCAUUGGCCACAAUUGCUCGCUGCGUUACAGUCGUCAGAAAACUUAAACGUGUUACAAGAAUUGGAUCAUAUAACGAACAAGAAACCUCACUUACUCGAUCUGCCGUCGCAAUACUUAUAUAAUUAUAUUAGUUCGUCGAGUGGAAACGUGAGAUCGCUGGCGUUAAUAUUAAUAGUUCGGUGGUUGAAAUAUAAUCCUAAGGCUGCAUCAGACGCCUUGCCCGCGAUUCUCACGUGUUUAGACAGUAAAAAUGGUGACGUGGUAGCCAGUGUUUUGGAUAAACUUUCGGACCUAGUUUCAGUGAUGCAAGAAUACGGAAAAUUAAUAUUGACGAGAGUAUUCCAACUGGGUAUGGAAUCGACAUUAAAUACAACAAGUAAUAUAACGAAGAGUAUUAGUUUGUUAAAUUUACAAUCAGGAUGUUAAUGUCGUUACAGUAAGUGUAUUUUAUACAUACAAACAAAUAAAUGUAUUUUCUAAC